AUGGCAACUCGAUCCAUAGAGAUCACCGUUCUCUCCGCCGAGAAUCUCCAAUCCAACCGCAAACCCUUGAAGAAAAACUCCUUCGUCACCGUCCGGACCGACUCCCUCGUCACCAAGGUGUACCGGACGGCCGAGACCGACUGCGAAGGCGGAGGGCCGAAGUGGAAUGAGAAGAUAGUGAUGGAGGUUCCUGCUCACGCUAAGAAUCUCAUCUUGGAAGUGCAAUGCCAGAACGGGGCGAGGCCGAUCGGAGCGGCCAGCAUUCCGGUGACGGAGUUCACCGGCGGGUGGGUGCCGGAGAGCUACUUGCAUUUUCUGAGUUAUAGGUUGAGGGAUGAGAGAGGUGUGAGGAAUGGGAUUGUGAAUAUCUCGGUGAGGAUGAAGGUGGAGGAAGGUGGGACGUCGUCGAUGUAUGGGAGGAAGCUGUCGAGUGGUUGCGCUUCGACGUCGUCACAGGUCAAGUUGGGAUAUCCGGUGGUGGAUAACAGCGCCGUCGCAACUGGGGUUCCUGUGAAUUGGAAAAGCUAUUCUCGAGUUCAAUAUUGA